CAAGAGCCCGGUGCAGACCAGACAGACACCUCCGCCAUGAAGAUAACAGGGGCCGUUCUGCUCUUCGCUCUGGCACUUUGCUGCUUCUACUCAGAUGCUGCUGGCCAGGCUGGUAAGGGUUUCUGCAGUGAGUUCAAGAAGCCUCCAGAAAUAUGCACCAUGGAGUACAAGCCUGUUUGUGGCACUGAUGGGAAAACAUACAGCAACAAAUGCGUCUUUUGCAAAGCAGUCUAUGAAAACCUUGGAAGUCUUUGCUUUGCAUACAAUGGAAAAUGCUGAAUCCUCGGGGUGCCGAGUGCUGAUAUGGAGCUGAACCUCAUUUGCUUCUAGUUCCCACCAGCAGAUCCCCGCAUGGAGCCACGUUCUCGUCUCAUCCUCCAUUUCCAAGGCUCCUGACAGUGUCGCUGACUA